GUUGAUAUUGACCGUGGCCCUGAGCGAGGGAAGGAGUGCGGUGUUUUCUGAAGCCACAGGCUAAAAAAAAAAAAAAACUAUUAGGCAAUUGACAAUUUCCUGAAGGGAGGUUGGGCUAAUCACUCUCAAAUUUCUCUCCAAAGUGUCCCAUCUGGAGUGGACCUAGGUUGGCUGAGUUGGCGCAAGCACGCAGAUGACAUUGUUACACGCGCACACAAUGGACUAACUAUCCGAGGGGAAACUGGAACGAAAGCUCAAAAUCUAUGCUGUGCAUUUUACCACUCCAGAAGUGAGUGACGUCCUCUUGGAAAAGUAUUUAUACUAAAUAUUUCAGCAGGUAUGAUUCAGAGGAAGGAUGUGGUUCUGUCAGUUCUAGGACAGCUUCAGGAUGCUACGGAGAGCUCCGGCCUGCACGCCCUCACCAGAGUAGCUCUGGAGGUCCACCAGGUACUGACCCCCUUCACCCUGCCCUCCUCCCCUUGCCAGGAGUUCCCCGGCUGGGCGGGCAUCGACGGCGUGGCCCAUAGCCUGUUCCCUGCUGACGCCCCCGGAGGCCUCCUACCUCUGGUCUGUAAGGGAGAGGGGAACCUGUUGUUUGAUACAGCCAGCAUGCUGCUAGUGGGGACGACUAGUCUCAGUCUGGAGCUACAGGUGCGUACUGUGGUCGACAUGCUGCUGUGGAAGAGGUACUACUUGUGUGGUAUGAUCGACUCUAAGGUGAUGCUGCAGGCAGCCAGGUUCAGCUUGUGUGCCGAGGAGUCUCAGGAAAUGCUCAACCUGCCCCUGUCCGUCCUCGAGGCUAUAUUUGACGCUGAUGUCAAAGCCUCCUGCUUCUCUGGCUCCUACGCCAACAUGUGGCACCUCUAUGCCCUCUCCUCUGUCCUCCAGUGCAACAUCUAUUCUGUCUACCCCAUGUACAACCUCAAGAUACGACCCUACUUCAACCGCCUGAUAAGACCCAGGUCCUACCCCAAAGACAUGGAUCCUAUCAUCUUGCACAUUAUGUGGUCUGGAGAGCUAGAGGUGGGCUCCACCAGCUCCAGAUUUAGACCCAUAGUCUUUGUACCGUUAGUCCAGGCUAGUGACCUCCGGAUGGCCAGUCCUAACACAGAAAAGAGGGCCCCCCCUCUGUUGAAGACCCAGGAGCUUCUCAAGCAGGACUCUCGCCUGUCCUACUCCAGUCUGAAGGACAAGUACAACAUCACCAAGAGUACCUUCUACCGCUGGAGACGGCAGACACAGGAGCACCGCAAGAAAUCAGCUGCCAGGUACGAGGCCAAGCACUUCGUCCAGGCGUGUUAUCUGGAAGGGAAACUUAUGCCUCUGCACCAGUUUAAAGAGUUCUUCCCUGAGAUCUCCCGGUCCACCUACUAUGCCUGGAAGCACGAGCUGAUUUCGUCCGGCGGUAGUUUCUCCACGGACGAGGUGAGUCCAGGGGACAGCACGGAGCAAGAGUCCUGGUCCUCCCCAGAGUCCAAGCCCAGGCAGGAGGAGGACCAAGAGGUAGAGCCAGACCCAGAGCACCACGAUAGCGUGGCCGGUAUGUUCGGCCUGAACUACAACAUUGAUAAGGUGGACGGGGAACGGGCCCAGAACCUGGCGCUGAUGCAGGAAGCCAAGAAAGUUCUUCAGAACUGCAUCGCUAUGAACACCUCGUUCCCCUUCAGGAUCUUCAAGAGGAGCUUCCCAGGCAUCUCCAGAUCCACUUACUACAACUGGAGAAGGGAAGCCAUGCUGUUCAAUAGAGGCUACAAGGCUAGGAGUAGUGAAGACAACUCUGAUGUGGAUAAGAGUAGUUCCACUGGUGGACUGUCCCCUAUCGGGGGUACUGAGAGCCAUGGUCAUUCUGCUGCUGUCUACCCCAGAAUGAAGAUCUGUAGAAACAACCACAAAGGGUUCAGGUUGGUGUUCCUACACAGGAAGAAGCUGAGAGAAGCAGCCAAGGUGAAGGUGUGGAUGUCAAGAUGGCCGAUGUCCAAGUUCAAAGUGAACUACCCCUCCCUGUCACUCUGUUUCUAUUGGAUGUGGCGCAAUGGCCCGAGUCAAAACAGGAAGGAGAAAAGCACCCAUCCGUCUCUGUCUCUAGAGGUGAACAGGCCUGAGAAUAUUAUGGAAAACAACAACGCAGUAACGGAGAAUGUUAAUGGCGUGACGGAGAGUGAGAUAAAGACGAGGGGUCUGACUCAGGACGUGACUCAGGACGUGUUGUUCUUAGGGGGGGAUCCAACAGAGGGUCUGAGAGGCCCUUCCACAAUGACUUUUGUGACACCCACGUUCGAUGCUCCCCUCCCUUUACCCAUGUCCCCUUUGCCCCUCCCCAACCCAACCAAGAUGUCUACCACCACCACCACAACAGACGACCAGAUGUUUGUGAUGGAUCUGGUGGCCCUGGCUAACUUCAAGGCCAAGGCCAAAAUGUUCCUCCAGAAACGCUUCGAGGAGAAGUCCUUCCCCACCUUCAAAGAGUUCAGGUCCUUCUUCCCCCUGACUCCCCGUUCCACCUACUAUAUGUGGAAGAGAGCCCUGCAUCACGGAGUGCCACUGGUACAUGGCUGAGAGCGAGGGCAUGACUGAGAGCGAGGGCAUGGCUGAGAGCGAGGGCAUGGCUGAGAGCGAGGGCACCGAGUGCAAUGGUGUUCAUACACUCUGUUACACUAGCUUUAAGCAGAACGGUGCCCCUGUAACAAACUGAAAUGCUCUCUUGUCUCUUCAGAAUCCUAAACAAUCCCUUCUCCCUCCUUCACUUCCUCAAACAGAGCCAUCAGUAUCAUCUCACCCUCUUUAAAAAUGUUGUUUUUUCUUCAACUGAACACACACUUUGUUUGGGUAGAGCGCGUGGGUGAAGCCUAAUGCAUUGGAAUUGUAGCUAAAUGCAUCUUUAAUCUUGAUUUGUCCUUCUCUCCUUGUCUGUUCCCCUCCUCCCUCCAUUCCUUUACCUAUCACCUUCAGCCCAUGGAUAUUUGCAUGUGUGUGGAAAGACACUGUUCCACUAAUGUUCCGCUGGCCUCCAGGCAAAAGGCAGUUGAAAGUCACCAUGAUGGUGACAGUGGGGCUUUAUUUAAAUGGCUCUUUGUUUGAGACUAGUUGUUUCUGCUUCUCUUGUCUCUCUAGUCUUGGUUUUAAUCCCAUCUCUCUCAGUAUGAUUGGUUUUAAUCCCAUCUCUCUCAUUAUGAUGGGUUUUAUAAUCCCAUCUCUCUCAUUAUGGUGGGUUUUAUAAUCCCAUCUCUCUCAUUAUGAUGGGUUUUCAUCUCUCAGUAAUGUUGGUUUUAAUUUCUCUCUCGGUAUUGUGUUCAACACCACUUUAUUUCCAUGUUCUCAUUUUAGUUAGUUAAUUGUUUUCAAGGUGUGCUGUUUUUGUUAAUCCAUUUGAUGUCUAUCUGUUCUAGAAGAUUCAUAGUGGUUGACCUUUUUUUUUUAAAAUUAGAUUUUGUUUAAGAUGUGAUGCGUUGAAAGAAGUCUUGAGUUAUCGGGAAAGGCUUCAGGAAUCAUGUUUCUCCUUUAUUGUUUAACUCCCACUUUUUUUUUUCUAAGCAUGUUCUGCAAACACCGAGUUUUGAUUCCGCCCACACACACAAAAAAAUUGACCAAUUGAAGUGUUCAUCCCACUGCCUUGUUCAAGGGGCAGAAUGACAGAUUUCUACCUUGUCCGCUCGGGGAUUCGAUCUAGCGACCUUUCGGUUACUAGUCCAAUGCUUUAACCUGCCACCCCAAUGCUACUUACAGUAUGAGAGGGUUCAUUGGUUUUCCAGCAUAUGUUACAGGGUUACAGACAUUUUUGUUUUAUUUUGAUUGAUUUGUUUACUAAUGAAGGUUUUCAACACUUCUGGACUCACUUACUACUAUAUUUCCAUUAUGAAUCUCUAUUUUCUUGCUGAUUUUACCAGGCUUUUUAUUUUUUAACUGCCAAUGUUUUUAUCUGGUAACUAUACUGUGAAGUAUCUUCUUGACAUGUGAAGUCUUAAACUAUGGUAUGUUAGUUUUGAUCAAUUAUGUUUUUGUCUUUUACCUUUUUAUUUUUUAAAUGUCCAGUUAUAUCUUUUUUUUCAAAAAAAAAAAAAAAUCUGAGUUUUGACAUUUUAGACACUGGUGUAUAACUGCCGUCAAACUUAACCAAACAUUUUUUAUAUUUCAAUUUCUGCAUAUUUAUUUUUGUCUGGUGGAGUGUACAACAACCAUAUUUUUCUCACUCACAAAGUGCAAAUAUAUUGUUUUGCCCAUUUUUUCUUUUUUUUUUCUUUUGUUGCUACAAGGCAGAAUAUCAAUAAACCACCAACUCAAAC